AUGAUGCGGCAGAUCUUAUCCGGUGUCGAGUACAUUCACACUAGCAAGGUGGUCCACCGUGAUCUGAAGUUGGAGAAUAUAUUGAUGAUGAACGAGGAAACGCUGAAAAUCAGUGAUUUCGGAUUUGCGGCUUAUGUAGAAGAGGACGAG